GACGUAAUAUCUGCGACUCUCCUCUGUCCGGCGCAUGUUGAUGAUACUGGCGCGACAUGGCGGUGCUGUUGGAAACAACGUUAGGGGAUAUCGUCAUCGAUUUAUACACAGAAGAAAGACCGAAAGCGUCGCUAAACUUCCUGAAACUCUGCAAAAUCAAGUAUUACAACUACUGUCUGAUUCACAAUGUUCAGAGAGAUUUCAUCAUUCAGAUGGGUGACCCCACCGGCACGGGGCGAGGAGGAGAGUCUGUGUUCUGCAAACUGUAUGGCGAUCAGGCACGCUUUUUUGAAUCUGAGAAGAUGCCUAGGAUCAAGCAUAGAAAGAAAGGGACAGUGUCUAUGGUGAACAAUGGCAGCGACCAGCAUGGGUCACAGUUUCUGAUCACCACAGGAGAGAAUCUGGAUUAUCUCGAUGGUGUUCACACUGUGUUUGGAGAGGUCUCAGAGGGUAUGGAUGUGCUCUCUAAAAUCAAUGAGACCUUUGUAGACAACAACUUCAUCCCCUACCAGGACAUCAGGAUUAAUCACACCGUGAUUCUGGAUGACCCGUUUGAUGAUCCUGCAGGCCUCCCGAUUCCAGACAGAUCACCUGAACCCACUAAAGAGCAGCUGGAUAGUGGUCGCAUUGGAGCAGAUGAGGUGAUUAAUGAUGAAGAGGGUAGAGAUGCUGAGGAGCUGGAUGAGCUCAUAAAAGAAAAGGAAGCAAAGACUCAAGCCAUUUUACUAGAGAUGGUGGGUGAUCUUCCGGAUGCAGAUAUUAAACCUCCAGAGAACGUGCUGUUUGUGUGUAAACUGAACCCUGUGACCACAGAUGAAGAUUUAGAGAUCAUCUUCUCACGUUUUGGCCUCAUUAAAUGUUGUGAGAUCAUCAGAGACUGGAAAACAGGAGAAUCUUUGUGCUAUGCGUUCAUCGAGUUUGAAAAGGUGGAGGACUGUGAAAAAGCAUAUUUCAAAAUGGACAAUGUCCUGAUAGAUGACCGUCGCAUUCAUGUGGACUUCAGCCAGUCAGUGUCUAAGAUUAAAUGGAAAGGCAAAGGUGGGAAGUACACCAAAGACGAUUUUAAGGCCUACGAAAAAGACCUGGAGAACAAAUCCAAACUGGCUUUGAAAGACAAUGUCAAAACCAAGCAGGACUCCCGUUAUGAGCUUCUCUUAGAUGAAGAUGAGGAUGACAGAAGGAAGGACGACAGAGAGAAACGAGACCGGAAACGGCAUUCAGUCGAGAGGCCCAAGGAAAAAAAAUCAAAGGAUCGCGAUGAGAGUCGGAGAGAAAAGGAUAAAGGCAGACAGCGUUCACGUUCAAGAGACAGAGAGAGAUACAAGGAACGCGAGAGGGGCUGGGACAAGGACAGAGAGAAGGAGAAACAGAGAGACAGAGGCAGAGAGAGAGACAGCGAUCACAAACGCCACAGACGAGAUCGCAGCCGCAGUCGUAGCCCUAAGAGAUCGAAGUAUUACAGCUGACCACCAUAACGGUUACCAUAUGUCAACAGAGCAGGUUUCCUAAGAACUUCCUGAUUUUAGCUCUGAACAGUCCCAAACACCUUAUGAUUCAUUUUUUACAAAUCGGUCAAUUUGUAAAGUUUGCCAAUUUAAGCGAUGUGUGUGAAGUUCUAAAGGUUUGUAAAGUUGUCGAUGUAUGUAUGAAUUGACAGGGCCGACAGCAGCCCUGUGUUUGUGAAGUGUGCUCCAGGGCAUUUAACUUUAAGUUUUCAGUUCUCCCUUCAUUUGUGGUUUUGAGAGCCUUGCUCUGGUGCUUUGCUGUAUUUUGCAAAUCUCAAAAAGAAAAAUACAUGAAAAUACAUUUUGGAUUUUUUUUUUUUUUCCAUCAAACCCAUUAUUAAACCCCUUUUUUGUGUUUAAUACAAGGUUUCAAAUAGAGUUGAAAAUGCAAUGAAAUCAGUGAUAAAGUUUUGCUUAGCUUAGGCUCUCAUGCAAGUAAGUCAUUAGAAGUGGGCUAAUUUCUUGUUGGCUAAGACGUUUCAACAGAAAUAUUUCAGCAUUUAUAACUGAACUUCAGUGAUAAACUGCCUGCCACUUUACGAACCCUAUUCAUGAAUAUUAAUUAGGUAAAUCGGGCCACCUUUUGAUAAAUAUGUAAUUUACCUAGGUUUUUUUUCUGUUAGUAUCUGUUAUCUUUAUGACUACAUUGACUACAACACAUGCAACAACUAGGCUAACAAAAAAACUAAAUAAGGACAUUUAACAUGUAAAACUUUAUAAAGCUGAAUACUCUGAAUCUACGUUUUGCUUCUUUCAUCCUUUAACUCCAGAUUAAACUUUAUGCAUCACCUUCAGGUGAUGAUGCAUGUGGCAGUUUUUUUGAACAAUGUUGCUGAGCAAUGUUGCCGUCAACAGGCGACCAGAUGAAACACAGGGCCCACAACUGAUCCAAAUAGAAAUUUGUUGCCCAUUUCUCAAUGGGAAAAUGCCCAAGCAACAGUGCUUAAAAAGUUGCCCUGUGUAUCAUCACCCUUCCUUUUCUACACUUCUGCUCUUUCUUUUCUUCCAUAUCUGACUUAAAUUUCCUGUCUACACUCUUUG